AUGGUUUCCAAGACGAUUCUCUUCGCCCUCGCCGCGGCUCCCUUCGUUGCUGCUCACGGCAAGGUUGCCUCAGUUGUUGGUGACCUCGGCGGCAACGGCACUGCUCUGGCUAUUCAGGGUGGCGUCGUCCCUGGCCCUGGCCCCAACCGCAAGACUGAACUCGACACCACGGUCUUCAAGAGCAAGAACAUCAUGACCGACGGCAUGGGCAAGACCACGGGAGGUGGCAAGGUCCAGGCCGCCGACAUCACCCAGGCCAUGGCUCUGUCCGGCGACACCCUCCCUCAGGUCUCCUCCACCGGCGGAAACAUCACUGGCGUCUUCCACGUCGUCACCACCGACGGUGCCGGCCCUCUCCGCGCCGUCCUCGACACCACCGGUACCGGUCAGUUUGCCCAGGGUACCGAGCUCCAAGUCCUCCAGCAAGUGCCCGGCAAGGGCGGCAACAUCAGACCCAAUGGCCAGGUUCCUGGCGGCAGGCGGUCUCUGUGGGAGAGAGCCAUGAGCGUCAUUGAGAAGCGCGCGUCCAACGUGAACAUGGACUUUCCCAUGGCUUUUGCUGUGCCCGCUGGAACCGCCUGCACAGGUUCCAUGGGUGGCCAGGAAAACGUCUGCCUCGUCAAGAUUGCCAACAGCAACGGCGCUGGCCCCUUUGGAGGUGUCGUGCCCAUCCAGAUCGCCGCCAACGGUGCCGCCACCCCGGCUGCUACUCCGGCUGCCAAGCGCGAGGUUGAGUUCAAGGCAUAA